CUUCCAUCCCAGAGUUCCUCGAAUUCUAUCUUCCAGCCUCGACCCGCAGUUAGAACCCAGUACUCAUCGCCUUCAACCAUGGCGCCAUCUUCAGAUGCUACCGAAGCGAAGAACGUGGUCAAAGAUGCCAUGUAUCUCUUCGACCUGUUUCGCGAAUCCCCACAGCCUGUCUUGAUCAAUAUCGCACCAUAUGCAGCAAAGACCGGCGCCAAACCCAACACCAUCAUCAAGCGACUCGGGGAAAUCAAGAAGCGCAAUCACCUCAACAUCAUCACCACAACUCAAGGCUCGAGCGAUGCGGCUGGUGGCACCACUAUCAAAGCCAGAAAACCAAGGGCUCCUGCUGCAAAGCCAGUCAAUACCGAAGAUGAAGACGCUAGUGCACCCACUGGUCUGCCCUCUCCAGCAGAGUCCGUCACUGGAAUGCCGGCGUACAUGACGCAAAAGAAGAAGAAGCGAAGUGCGGACGAAGGCAUCGAGAUGUCGGCGCCAAGCAAGAAGAUGAAGACCGAGGAGGCUUGAGUUCUCCCAAUGCAAGUAAUUUCUUCUCCGGGCGUCCGUCAAGCAGUCACACAUAUGGAGCGUGGGAAUUACAUUGGAGACCACUCUCGACUGGAUUGUUCAACAUUGGCUGGAGCUUUCCUAUUGAAAAUAUCCAAUUCGAGCUGUGAAUGUACUAUUAGCUGGACUUCAAAUGGGACGCAAUCAGCCGAAUGGCAGCUUUGCAGAAAAGAACUGGACAUAGAGCGACAAUCAAUCAAGAACAAUGAAAAC